UGUGAAUGAGGGGGGGGGCUUUAAUUUGAUUUGCUUUGGAUGAACAUAAGUUACCCUAAUCAUGGAGCACACAGGGAAGAUCUUCUUCUAUGAGGACAAUAACUUCCAGGGUCAUUCCUUUGAAUGCAGCAGCGACUGUUCUGAGCUCAGCUCCCACUUCAGCCGCUGCAACUCCAUCCGAGUGGAGGGUGGCACCUGGGUUAUCUAUGAGAGACCACAAUAUAUGGGCUACCAGUACAUCCUGUUCAAAGGGGAGUACCCCAUGUUCCAAAACUGGAAUGGCUUCAAUGACACCAUCCGUUCCUGUCGCCUUAUCAGAUACCCAUCCAGCAGGCACAGGAUCCGCAUCUACGAACGUCCGGACUUCAGUGGCCAGAUGAUGGAGCUCAACGAAGAGCUGUCUGAUAUGCAGGACCGUUGGCGCCACAACGAGGUCCACUCAGCCCACGUCCAGGAUGGGAUCUGGAUCUUCUAUGAGCAUCCAAACUACAGGGGACAGCAAUACCUGCUGGAAAAAGGUGAAUACAGGCGUCACUCUGAGUGGGGGGCUCUCCGUCCGACUGUAGGCUCCAUUCGGCGUGUUGUGGACUUGUAGUCACAAAUAUGGCCUCUCCUUUAGCUGUACUAAUUCCCUUUUCCUAUCUUUUAGUUCUCACUUUUCCUGACUAAACCUUCAUGCUAAUAAAGUAUAGACAAACUGCAA